AUGCCUGGCGACCGAGCAGUCCGGAAGCCGCUGUCCUGUGGGCCAUGUCGGCAUCGCAAGCUGAGGUGUGAUCGAGGCGUACCAGCAUGCUCCAACUGCGUCCACCGCGGCGACAUCAUCGCAUGUUCUUAUGCUCAGCGAUCUCGUCCAACGAGUGGGCAACCACCUCGUUCACCGGCCUCGGGCUUAGACCGCAAUGCUCAGGAUAAGCUUGACCAGUUGGAAAAGCUUGUGGUUAGUUUGUUUGAUGAGAAGCGCAAUGCGAAUCAAGUUGUGACUCCGGCAAGCACUCGGGAUGCUGGCAGCUCCGAUGGUCAUGUUGUGUCCUUCGACAGCCAGCAAGCCCCUGAGCGCUCGAGCGGCGAAACACCUCGUAGUGUGCUCAGCGAUAGCAGUGCCGGCGCUGGGCUCUGCGGGAGCAGCGAGCCACGGUGGUCUGUAGAUGAAGCACGAUGGGCGUCCUUGAUGAAUGGGAUCAACGAUGUCCGCGACUACCUACGCAUACAGCACGAGAAGGAUGACCAGCAAAACCAAGUCACAUCCUCAUCGCUGGAACGGUCGUGCGAUGACUCCGGACCGACGCUGUUGUUUGGGAGCUCACGGAGCAUGAGUGAUAAGGAGAUACUCUCGCAUCUGCCUUCGAGGCAUAGUUGCGACAUAAUGGUUGAACGGUAUUUUGCGCAUCUCUAUCCUCCAUUGCACAUACUCCAUAUACCGACGUUCAGGAAACAGUACGCCAGAUUCUGGAUGGAUCCUCUCAACACCUCCAUGGCCUGGGUCGGGCUCCUGUACGCCAUGCUUAGAAUCGCUGCGUUGGACUAUCUUCGAGAAGAAGACGAGCCUCUAGAAUGGCAAGGCAAAUGUCAAGACCUCGCCAUCAACUUCCGAAACCGCUUCACGGACUGCAUGAUCGCUGCCGAUUACCUCCAACCCCAAGAAUAUCUCAUCGAGGCAUUGUGUCUGCAUCACUAUGGUGAAUACGUAUCAAGUCGCGAUGCUAAGUCUAGUGUCUGGGUGUUGACGGGCAUGAUUACGAGGUUGGCGAUGCGGAUGGGUUAUCAUCAGACGUCGCAGCCUACGCUGGAGUCUUCUCCGUGCAAGGAUGAGAUGCGGAGACGAGUAUGGGCCUUCAUCAGACAAGGCGACAUCAUGAUAUCCUUCCAGCUGGGCCUGCCAGCAAUGGUUGAUCUCUGGGACAGCGACGCCAAUCUUCCACGCAACAUCUACGACGCAGACCUUGACGAAGACUGCACAGAGCUACCUCCUGCACUCCCUGACUCCGAGCCGACUGAGGUCGCCUUUCUCCUUGCGAAAACGAAGCUCGCUUUUGGUUUCUCCCGUGCAGCAGCAGAGAUCAAUCGCUCCCCAUCCGUCAGGUACGAGCGUAUCCUCGAGAUCGACCGCGAGCUACGGCAUGUCUACGACAGCAUCCCCGGCUCAUACAAGCUUGGGGCACUGUCUCAGCAAGACUCGCUGAUCCGGACCUCUGCCAAGUUCACGCUGGCGAACAUCCAUCACAAGUCCCUGUGCGUAGUGCACAGCAGGUUCAUGAAGUUGGCAAGAUCGGACAAUAGGUACUCGUACUCGCGAAAAGUCUGCUUACAGUCGGCGAUGUCCAUGCUUCGUAUACAAGCCAUCCAAGACCAGGACAUCCCGGUCGACGGACGGAUAAGAAGCUUGACGAACUACCAGACCUCCCUGACCAUACACGACUUUCUUUUGGCGGCGGCUAUCAUCAGCAGCGAUUUAUGCUCCAGUAACUCAUCCCCCGAGAAGCAGACAUUGACCCCCGGCUUCCCGUCUCGAGCCGAUAUGACCAGAGCUCUCAGCAUAAGCGCCCAGAUCUUUGGCCGCACACGUGAUUGCAGCAGGGAAGCCGGGAAGGCCGCCGAUGUCCUGUCGAUGCUCGUCAACAAGCUAGAAGCCGGAGAAAGUGCACCAAAUGAAGCCAGGCAACUCGCAAGACAGAAGACGACCCAAGCUCGAGGUUUUCAGGCCAAUGGUCAGCCAGCGAUGCCUCACCAGCGGCAAGGACCUUCGCCCGCCUCAAAAAUCGUGUCUGGAGCAGCUCUUCCGCUCUCUGCUGGGAUGACCUCAGACGCAUCAGCCGCACAAGAGCAACCCUCUUGGCCUGGUGCUUCUGACCCCUGGAGCCAAAUCGGGCUGCCACAGCUGGAUACAAAUUACCCUCCCAUCUGGCCAUAUGCACCCUUCCACACAUCCGCAGACUGGUCGGCAACAGACCCGUGCAACUUCGGCCACGAGGCGGGUUUGAGCGGCAACCUGGACUCAAGUCACUGGAAUCCAUCAAUCGCCAUGCACGAUCCGCUCUCCACGCUCUGGGAUUUGAGCGCGGAAUUCGGCACUGAUGCACUAGUCCCGUUCAGCGUCUUCCCGUCCUCCUACAAGAACGAGCAGACUACGGAAUCCACCGAAGUCAAGACUGACGAGCAUAUCACGGUCCAAGGCGCUGGACGGGAAGGUCAACGAGAUCGUAACACCCAGCAAGGCCCUUCCCGUCGCGACGACCGCUACUCACGCGAAGACAUCCGCAUCUCCGAAGAGGACCGUCGACGACCGGGACGCGUGAAGAGAGAAGAAGACAUCCGCAUCACAGAAGACGACCGCUAUACCGACCGCCGCGACACUCGCGUGGAGAUUGACAGAGAGCGCUACCGUGAGCCAUACCAGCGUUACGCCGGCUCGCAGAUUGACGUAGAGGACCGCGUCUACGACCGCGAGUACAACACUCGUCACACCCCAGCAACCCAGAUCGACGUCGACACCCGCAUCGACGUUGCCGAACGAGACUUCCGAGACCGCACCGUACCCUUCGCCGAAGAGUACCGCAGCUCUCGCGGCUGGCAAGACCAGACCACCUACCCAAGAGACGUUCCUCAGGGCUCCUACCCUGAGCGUAACGCCGUCCGCUUCGACGAGAACGUCCGCGUGACUGAGGACUCUACCGUCGACGGUAAACACAAACGUGACAUGGGAUAUUACGACGAAGACGGCCAGUACCACUCCUUCCGCCACGGUCUCCAUCGCGCCGCCGACCGCAUCUUACACCCCAUCCACGGCGGUCACCACCACCACGACCACCAUCAUCACCACCAGGACCGCGAGGACCGCGAGGUUGUCCGUGAGAGAGACGUGACCGUCGAGGACCGCGAAGUUCAAGUCGGCGCCCCUCGCAUCUCCGAGUCGCGCACCAUGUACCGCUCCGAGGGACCCUCCAGGCGUGGCCCGCCCAACACCAUCACCAUCCCGUGCCACUUCAUCCGCAUCGGUGACAUCUUGAUCCUGCAGGGCCGUCCGUGCCAGAUCAUCCGCAUCACGACUUCGGCCCAGACUGGGCAGCACCGCUACUUGGGUGUGGAUCUCUUCACCAAGCAAUUGAACGAGGAGUCCAGCUUCAUCAGCAACCCCAGCCCGUCGGUGGUGGUGCAGAACAUGCUAGGACCUGUCUUCAAGCAGUACAGAGUGCUCGAUAUCCGUGAUGAUGGCCGUGUCGUCGCUAUGACGGAGACGGGUGAUGUCAAGCAGACUCUGCCGGUGCUGGACCAGAGCAACUUGCUUGACCGCUUGAGCUCGAGCUUUGCUAAUGGGCGUGGGUCCGUGAGAGUUCUGGUGUUGUCUGAUGACGGACGCGAGAUGGCAGUCGACUACAAGGUCGUGCACGGCUCCAGGUUGUAA